AGCAAGCGAUAGCCGCCAUGCAAUUUCUGGAUGUGGUGACAAUGAAAGAUCCAAAUCAGAAGGCAAACUUCUACCGAACUACUCUCAUUGAUGCUUUGCCAUGCAUACCAAAGAAACUACGCUGGCAACAUAUUUGGCCUGCCCUACAAAUGGAGGUCAGAACCGCUGAAGUUCUAGCCUCAGUCUUGCAGUCAGUGAUGUGGCUAGUCAGGGAGUCCACCCAAGAAGAGUUUUCUUUCUACAUCAUGCCUACUUUAAAAAUAUUGCUGAAUUCACCAAAGAGUAUCCAAGCUUCGGUCACAAUUUUGGAGAAUUUGCAUACAAUUAUGCAAAAGUGUACGCAAGCAGAAAUUGACAAUGAAAUAUUACCAGCGCUCUAUCAUGCCCUGGAUAGCAACACCACGCAAAUCCAGGCAGCGUCACUGAUAGCCGUUCAAAACAUCUGCGAUGUUCUCGAGGACAGGAUCCUUCACACCACAAUCCUGAACAAAGUAAAAGCACUACUUGAGAGGAACCAAAGUGACGUAAAGAUCAUCAGCCUGAUCCUCUGCUUCUUCGAAAAGAUAAUAGUGAGGCUCGAGCGGACCCACAUUUUGGAGCAGGUGAUUCCCACUCUGCUGGCUAUGCGGCUCAGCGACCCCGAUAUCGUCAAUCGUGUCGUUAAACUCUACAAGAACUUGCUCUUGGAAAGAAAAUUUGGAUUGAACACGAAUGUGAUGGCAACAAAAAUGAUACCGUCGCUUGCUCCACAAACUGUUAACCCGGCUCUGAACGUCGACCAGUUUACUAACUUGAUGGAGAUCCUGUACGACAUGCUGGAGAACAUCGACCGGCAGCAGCGCUACAAGCUGAAGGCCGACAACCUCGCGCUGCCGAGCCCCGAGCGUCGCAAGCUUCGUCAUCAAAUGAGCACAGAUAACAUGAAUGCACCACCUUUUAAUAUCCCUAACUUAAGGGUGGAGCAGCGUAAAACCUCUAGCGCCGAGGACAUGGCCCGUAAAAACUCUAUGACUGGGCCCCCUCCCGCAGCUAGUGCUAGCGGUAGUGUAGGCGGUUUCAAGAGCACGGGGAUCGGUCAGUGGUUCUUCGGCUCAAGCAAUUCUACCAAUAACGACAACAAUUUCCUUCGCGUUUCAAGCGCUUUUCCAAAUCGCCGCCUGUCGGAUAACACUCUGAUGACGCCCAAGAUCCGCAUCGCGCCGUCGUGCGCCUCGUCCCCCGGCGGCACCCCGGGGGGCACGUCCGGCCUGCCCACGCGCCGCCACUCCAGCAUCGGGCCGCAGGAGCGCCGCGGCUCCGCCGUCAAUCUGUCGCCGCCUACCGUAAGUCACAUUUUGUCAGAACCCCUUUGCUUGCACGCUUGUAUUUGACACUGAUAAUAUUAAUACCUAGUAUGUACUACAUACAUAAUAC